UCAAGCAUUCAAGAUGAUGAUCCCAGUACCAGACGGCUAUGGCAACAUCCUCGCCAUCGCCAUCGGUGCCAUCCCGGUGCUCGGUUUCGCCCACGGAGUCGUCACUGGCAUCAAGCGUAAAGCUGCCAACAUCCCAUAUCCUCACAGCUACGCCUCAAUUGAACAAUGCAAGGCUGACCCCAAAGCCGAUGCUUUCAACUGCGCCCAGCGCGCCCACACCAACUUCCUCGAGAACGCCCCGCAGACAAUGCUGCUCACUCUCGUCGCUGGCCUCAAGUACCCUGCCGCCACGACCCUGAUCGGUGCUACCUGGGUGGUGAUGCGUUGCCUGUUCUUGUACGGAUAUGUGUACUCUGGCAAGGCUGCUGGUGCGGGACGUCUGUACGGAGGAGGAUUCUGGCUUGCCCAGAUGGCGCUCUGGGGCAUGGCUGUCUUUGGAGUCGCAUUACCCAUGAUGCAGACCCCUGCUUCCCCAUUCUAGUGUGUAUGAUAUAUGCGUCUUCCUUUUUCUUCUCUUGUUAUAUCUUGUCAUAUUAAAAAUGCACAUGAACUUUUUCUAUCUUUCU